AUGUCCACCGAGGGAACAGCCGGGACAGAGCCGCCGGAGAUCAUCAGCGAGGGGCCCCGCCGCGAGAAGGCGCGCAGAGGCAACUUAGCCGGUGCCGCCCGCGCCAUCUGGUGCGGGGUCCUCGCUGUCGUCCUCCUGGCGGGGAUCGUCGCCCUCGUCCUCUACCUCGUCUACCGCCCCUCCAAGCCCCAGUUCACCGUGCUCGGUGCGGGCCUGUACGAGCUCAACACCUCCUCCUCCUCCGCCGGCCCCACCGCCGUCUCCGCCAGCAUCCAGUUCACCGUGAGCAUUCACAACCCCAGCGCACGGUCGUCGGCCUCCUUCGAUCGCUUGGCAGCCUACGUGGACUUCAACGGCGAGGCCAUCACGCAGCCGUCACCACUGCCGCCGCUGUACCUCAGCAGGGACGGCACCGGCGCGGUGUCGCCAGUGCUGGGCGGCGGGGGGGUUUCCGUGUCCGUCUCGCCGGCGGUGGUGAACGGCCUGCAGGCCGGGGAGAAGUACGGGGCGGUGGGCCUGCGACUGGUGGUGGCGGGGCGGGUCAAGUACAAGGCCGGACCUUUCCACAGCCCAUGGCGCCGCGUGAACGCGCGCUGCGAAUUGGUGAUGGGGCUCAACAAGGGGGUGUACGGUCCGGCGACCCUCCUCGGCACCCCCGGCUGCUCCGUCGACAUCUGA